AUGGAACGUCAAGGAUUGAAUCAGCCACCUUUGCUCGCUAGCAUGGAUUUUGCUCAAUGGAAACUCCAAAUGAGAUCGUUUAUAUAUGGCAUUGACUUCCAUGCAUGGAGAAGUGUCGAACGUGGAUGGAAUCCUCCAAUGAAAGAGGUUGAUUCAAAAGCUCCUGAAGGAUCGGCUAUGCAAGAAUUAAAAGAUGAAGAUGAGUGGACUGACAAGGAAAUCAAAGCUAGUGAAGGAAAUCACAAAGCUUUAAAUGCUCUUUACGCAUCAAUGAGCAGAGAUGAAAAGAAAAGAGUUCAGAAUUGCGUUACCGCCAAACAGGUUUGGGAUAAACUUUGUGUUUUAAAUGAAGGUAAUGAUAUUGUAAAAGAACAAAGAUUACAACAAUAUUAUUCUGAAAUUGAUGCCUUGAAAAUGAGAGAUGAUGAAACUAUUGAUGAUUUUUAUAGUCGUUUUACUGAUCUCUCUAGUUUAUGUGAAAGCCUUGGAAGACCAUUACAAGAAUUCGAUAUUGUAAGGAAAAUAUUACGAUCUCUUCCAAAGUCAUACAGGAUGAAGAAGACAACAAUCCAGGAGCAAUAUAAUCUAAACGAAUAUUCUGUGGACUUGUUGAUUGGAAAUCUAAAGGCUUGGGAGAUGGAGCUGGAUGAGGAUGAAAGACCAAAAGGUAAGAAUUCAAAAAAUAUUGCCUUAAAGGUUACUGAACCCUCAAAAUCAAAGUCUGAGGAUUCUGAACACAAUGAAAUAUUACUGUUGACUAAAGAGUUUAAGAAAUUUUUGAAUCAGAAAAAUAAUAGGAACAAACAAAAUAAUCUUAAUUCUAGGAGAAGUUUUAAUAAUAAAAAUUUUGAAAAACGUAGUGAAAAUUUCUCUCAAAGAAAGUAUGAGUAUGGAAGUAGUAGUAACAACAAUAAGAAAUGUUAUACUUGUGGUGGCAUUGGCCACAUUGCUACUGAUUGUGGGAAUAAAAAGACUGAUUCAGGUAACAAGGCUUACAAGACAUCUUGGAGUGACGAUGAUGAUAGCUCCACAAAAAGGGACAAAACAUUUGCUCUUGUAUCUUCUUUCUCGUUAGAUUAUGCAGGUUCUGAAAAUGAGGAUCAAGAAGAAGAUGAAGACAACAUCUAUGAAGAUAAUGAGAUGUUUGAAUAUCAAGCAAGAGUUAUAAAAGCUGCAGAGAAAAUUUCUGAAAAAAAUCUUCUAUUAAAACAACAAGUAGAGAUGCUGGAAAACGAAAAAGUGAAAUGGGAAGAGGAGAAACUGCACAUGCGGACGAAAAAUGACUAUGGUGGUCAAGUGAUUGAACGAAAGCAUCUGUUAGCCAAAAUUCAAAUGCUACAAAGUGAGGUAACAAAAAAGAAUAAUUUAAUUGACUUAUUAAACUCUAAACUUGGCAAGUUGCAGGUUUUGCUUGAUGGAACGAAUACCAAGGUUGAAAAGUUUCAACAUAGUUCGAAAUCACUAUCUGAUAUUCUGAGUACAGGAAAAAGCUACAACGAUCGAACUGGACUUGGAUAUACUGGUAAGAGUAGCUCAACUAAAAAUCCGAAUUUUUACACUAACUUUGUCCGUGAACAAUCAGGUUCAAAGGAAUGUGAGAAAUACAUUAAAGAACAUGUAGAAUCGGAAAAACUUCAGACCUCAUUCAAAUCAAAUAUUGUAAACUCAAAUGAUAGGUAUGAGGAAGAUAUACAAGAUAUUCGAAGUAAGUUGAAAGAACAUAGUCAGCUUUUACUUGAUAUCUCUCGUUUUGUUGGCUUGUCUAAAUCUUAUAAAGAAUCUAAACAGGACGCAGAUAUGGUUAGGAGACCUUCAGGUAAGAAGGUUUGGAGAAAAAAAUAUAAUCAUGAUUCCAUAGAAGCGUUUUGUAAUUUGUGCUAUAUUGAUAUAGAUUAUGAAUCGAAUGAUAUUAAGGCUACAUGUAAUGUUGCUAUUACUGCAUUAUCUGCUAGACAAGAGGACACUUGGUAUAUUGAUAGUGGGUGUUCUAGACACAUGUGUGGUAACAAACAUUGGUUUUCUGACUUAGAAGAAUCAGGUGUGACAGGUGCUGUUACUUUUGGAGACGGGAAGAAAGCAAAAAUUAGAGGAAAAGUCUCAAUCAGAUCUCAGGAUCUUAACUGCUUAAAUAAUGUUCUUUAUGUUGAAGGUUUAUCAAAUAACCUUAUUAGUGUUAGUCAAUUAGCUGAUGAGUAUGAAGAUGUCUGGUUUAACAAACGCCGUUGUGUGGUCUUUGACAAAGAUGGUACAGUUGUGAUGGGAGGGGUUAGAUCAGGAGAUAAUUGUUAUCAUGUUGCAUCUAAUUUAAAAUCUGACAACUCGGAAUCGUGUUUCAGGACUAGCUCAGUUGAGGAAACCAUGGAGCUUUGGCAUAAGCGUCUUGGUCAUCUAAACUGUCAAGAUUUGCUUAGACUAUCUAGUCAAAAAUUAGUAAGAGGCUUACCUACAUUAAGUGGUCGUACUGAUGUUAUUUGUGGAGGAUGUAAAACAGGUAAACAAACUCGUGCAAAUCAUAAAGUUGUGAAUGCUUCCUCAUCAUCUCAACCUUUGGAGUUGUUACAUAUGGAUUUAAUGGGACCUUCUGCUACUGUAAGUAUGGCUGGUAAGGAAUAUAUUUUUGUUGUUGUUGAUGACUAUUCUCGAUUUACCUGGGUUGAUUUUCUAAAGGAUAAAAGUGAGACAUUUGAUUCUUUCGAAAAAUUGAGUAAACAACUUACAGUGGAAAAACAACAAGCUAAUCUUCAAAUCGCUAGAAUUAGAUCUGACAAUGGAACUGAAUUUAAAAAUUCCAGAUUUUUUAAAUAUUGUCGAGAUUACGGUGUGCUUCAUGAGUUUUCAGCUCCCAUAACUCCUCAACAGAAUGGAAUAGCUGAACGUAAAAACAUAUCCCUAUUAGACAUGGCAAGGGUAAUGUUGCAUUCAACAGGUUUAAGUGAGAAUUUUUGGGCUGAAGCUGUAAAUACUGCAUGCUACGUUGGGAAUCGAGUUCUUCUUCGUUCAGGUACAAAGAACACUCCUUAUGAAUUAUGGAAAGGUAAGAAACCUGAUGUAAGUUACUUUCAUGUUUUUGGAAAUCCUUGUUAUAUUCUAAAAGACCGUGAACAUCUAGCAAAAUUUGCUCCAAGAUCAGACUCAGGUAUUUUUCUUGGCUAUUCUCUAAACAGUCGUGCUUAUAGAGUGUAUAAUAAAGAAACUCGAACUGUCAUGGAUUCCAUUAAUGUUUCUGUUGAUGAUAAUUUUAAUGAGUCCAAUUUAUCUGAAGAAAAUCUAACGAGUUCAAAAGAUGAGAAUGUACACUCACAGGAAGCAGUCACAGAAGUGGAUCAAAAUCUACAACCUGUAGUAAAAUAUCGAACCGGAUUCAAGCAGGUUAGAAAAGAUCAUUCAUUCAAUGAUAUCAUUGGAGAUACUGGUGAAGGCAUGCGUACAAGAAGGAAGACGGUUGAGGUUACUUCAACCACAAAAGACGACUCUGAAUGCUCCAACACAGAAAUUGUGGACAUCAAUAAAGCUCUAGUAAGUUUUGUCAAAGAAAGAGUUAAAGAAACUAACAAAUUAAAAUGUUUUGGAUUUGUUUCUUUGAUAGAACCUAAAAAUAUCAAGGAGGCUUUGUUAGAUGAUGAUUGGAUCAAUGCAAUGCAAGAGGAACUAAAUCAAUUUGAAAAGAAUGAGGUAUGGAUUCUUGUUCCUCGUCCUGAGAACACUAAUGUUGUUGGUACUAAGUGGAUUUUCAGGAAUAAAAUGGAUGAACAUGGCACAAUCACAAGAAAUAAAGCAAGAUUAGUUGCUCAAGGAUAUUCACAGGUCGAAGGUCUGGACUUUGAUGAAACUUUUGCCCCGGUGGCUCGACUUGAAUCCAUCAGACUUUUGUUAGCCAUUGCUUGUCAACGUAAGUUUAAGUUAUUUCAAAUGGAUGUAAAAACUGCUUUUUUAAAUGGUGAAGUACAGGAGGAAGUGUUUGUUGAACAACCUCCGGGAUUCAAAGAUAUUCAUCAUCCUGAUUACGUUUGGAAACUUAAAAAGGCUGUUUAUGGUCUUAAACAGGCUCCUCGUGCCUGGUAUGAUAAACUCUCUACUUAUCUUGUUUCUCAAGGUUAUUUCCGAGGCACUGUAGACAAAACUCUAUUUGUUAAGCAUGUUGAAAGUCAUCUCAUGGUUGCACAAGUUUAUGUUGAUGAUAUUGUUUUUGGCUCUACUUCUAAUGUUUUAGUAAAAGAAUUCACUAGAAUCAUGACCAAUGAGUUUGAGAUGAGUAUGUGUGGUGAACUUACUUACUUUUUGGGUCUGCAAAUUAAACAAAAUCAUAAUGGCAUUUUUCUAUCCCAAUCAAAAUAUGCUGAAAACCUCAUUAAGAAAUUUGGUAUGACUGAGAAGAAAUCUGUUAGUACACCUAUGAGUACCACCAUAAAGUUAUGUCAUGAUCUUGAUGGUAAGUCUGUUGACCAAACUAAAUAUCGUAGUAUGAUUGGUAGUUUGCUUUACCUUACUGCUAGUCGUCCUGAUAUAUCUUACAGUGUAGGUGUUUGUGCCAGGUUUCAGGUCAAUCCAAAAGAGUCACAUUUGGAAGCUGUUAAACGAAUUAUUCGCUAUAUUUCUGGAAGUAUAACAUGUGGUGUAUUUUAUACGUAUGACACUAAUGCUGAAAUUGCAGGUUAUUCUGAUGCAGAUUGGGGAGAAGCUGAAUAUGUUGCCGCAGGGAGUUGUUGUACUCAAAUGCUUUGGAUGAAGAAUAUGCUUAAGGAUUAUGGUAUUCCACAGGUAUCCUCAUUGCACAUCACAUCUUACUAUUGGCUAAUGGUCAUGUGUAUUACUCGAGGAUGCAUGUUUGUGAGAUUGAUAAAGUGUAUUGUCUUCCUCAAUAAGAAUGUCCAGGUAUUACUAGAAUCAUCCUUGUCUAUGCAGUUGUCUCCUAUGUGCUUACCUUCACAUCCUACUAUCUCUUCUACUAUCUUCACGGUUUGUGUCAAGUGUGCAGAACUCUCUAUCAUGGACGGAGCCAGGAGCAAUCACCACAACACAGAGGAUGCACGACGUGAAGCUGCCUCUCGUAAUCAACAAGCUGAGUCUGUCCGUCCGGUAACCCUAGCUGACAUCAAUCACGCCUUCUCUCGGCUUGGUGUUCAAUUUCAAACACAAAUCAAUCGUGUGCAGCUGUUGCAUGAAACUGGUCAUGACAAUGUCACAAGGCAACUACAUCGAAUGGAGGCUGCCAUACAACUGCUCGUGGAUCUCGGGUCGGAGACACAAUCCAUACUGCGGACUACCACUGCUCCUGCUGGACCUCCUGCCUAUGGUUCCUUGUUAAGCUCGGAGGGACUAUUUCCUUCCUCUUCUCUUCCGACGGAGGGGAGUCCACUGUGGGAUACAAUCCUUCAAGAAAGAGAGCGUCGUGCAGAAAGAAACAUGCUUGCCACUCGGACUGCAUGGUUGGCUGAUCACGAACGUCUUCAAGGUCCUCAACCACCUUCCCAAGCCAUGGCCGUUGUCCCUGCUGCUCCUCCUUCCCCUCCACCAUCCAAUGGUCCUGCCUUUCAGAAUGGAGAUCUCACACCUCAUGAAUGGACAAAUUACAACUCCAUUGGUGGACGUCGGAGGAGUGCUCGGCGUGGACGUGGUCAUCGUGGUGGUCAUGCCUAG